GCGCUACGGCGGCCGGGCGGGGACAAGGAGCGGGGGAGGCGAAGCGAGGCGGGGAGCGGCGGGGAAGAUGCUGGAGGCGGCGGCUGCGGCGGAGCCGGAGCUGGACCCCGAGGAUUUGGUGCAUUUCUCGGUGGGCGAUUUGCCCAGCCGUGGUUACGGCGUGAUGGGCGAGAUCCGGCGGCAGGGCAAGCUCUGCGACGUGACCCUCAAGGUUGGGGACCAUAAAUUCAGCGCUCACCGCAUCGUGCUGGCGGCUUCGAUCCCGUACUUCCACGCCAUGUUCACCAACGACAUGAUGGAGUGCAAGCAGGACGAGAUCGUCAUGCAGGGGAUGGACCCCAGUGCACUUGAGGCUCUCAUCAACUUUGCCUACAACGGUCACCUGGCCAUAGAUCAGCAGAACGUCCAGUCCCUGCUGAUGGGGGCGAGUUUCCUUCAGCUGCAGAACAUCAAAGAUGCUUGUUGCACUUUCCUCCGAGAGAGACUUCACCCCAAGAACUGUCUGGGCGUGCGGCAGUUUGCGGAGACCAUGAUGUGUGCAGUGCUCUACGACGCUGCCAACAGCUUCAUUCACCAGCACUUUGUGGAGGUGUCCAUGUCCGAGGAGUUCCUGGCGCUGCCUUUCGACGACGUCCUGGAGCUCGUUUCCAGGGACGAGCUCAACGUGAAGUCUGAAGAGCAGGUGUUUGAAGCUGCCUUAGCCUGGAUACGGUAUGACCGAGACCAGAGAGAGUCGUUCCUUCCCGAGCUCCUGUCCAAAAUCCGCCUGCCCCUCUGCCGACCUCAGUUCCUCACCGACCGCGUGCAACAAGACGACCUGGUCCGUUGCUGCCACAAAUGCAGGGAUCUAGUUGAUGAGGCAAAAGACUAUCACCUCAUGCCGGAGCGGCGGCCGCACCUCCCGGCGUUCAAGACGCGUCCUCGGUGCUGUACGUCCAUCGCGGGCUUGAUUUACGCCGUUGGAGGACUCAACUCAGCAGCGAAUUUUUACGCAGGUGACUCGCUGAACGUGGUGGAAGUCUUUGACCCCAUUGCCAACCGUUGGGAGAAGUGCCAGCCCAUGACGACGGCCCGCAGCCGGGUCGGGGUGGCGGUGGUGAACGGGUUGCUCUACGCCAUCGGCGGCUACGAUGGCCAACUGAGGCUGAGCACCGUCGAGGUUUACAACCCGGAGCUGGAUUCCUGGUCCAAAGUGGAAAGUAUGAACAGCAAACGAAGUGCCAUGGGAACGGUGGUGCUCGAUGGCCAGAUCUAUGUCUGUGGUGGAUACGAUGGAAACUCAUCCCUCAACUCGGUGGAAUCCUAUUCUCCAGAGACAAACAAGUGGACGGUGGUGACCCCCAUGAGCUCCAACCGCAGCGCCGCCGGCGUCACCGUCUUCGAGGGCCGGAUCUACGUGUCGGGAGGCCACGACGGCCUCCAGAUCUUCAACAGCGUGGAGUACUACAACCACCACACGGCUACCUGGCACCCGGUGGCCAGCAUGCUCAACAAGCGUUGUCGCCACGGAGCCGCCUCCUUGGGCAGCAAGAUGUUCGUCUGCGGAGGUUACGACGGCUCCGGCUUCCUCAGCAUCGCCGAGGUCUACAGCUCCAUGGCCGACCAGUGGUACCUCAUCGUCCCCAUGAACACCCGCAGGAGCCGUGUCUCCUUGGUGGCCAACUGUGGCCGUCUCUACGCCGUUGGGGGUUAUGACGGACAGUCCAACCUCAGCUCGGUAGAAAUGUACGACCCGGAGACCAACCGUUGGACGUUCAUGGCCCCCAUGGUGUGCCACGAGGGAGGGGUCGGCGUGGGCUGCAUCCCCCUCCUCACCAUCUGAGAAGAAAGUAGGGUUUUUGGGGUUGGGGACACACACACACAAACCCCUUCAUUCCUCUUCUCACCGACAAUCCCCGGAGAGGCGAUACCCACAGAGGUGCGUUUCCAGGUGCUCAAGGGUCGUUCCCAAACCCCCAUGGACACACAAAAAUUGACAAAACCACCCCCAUCAUGGCUUUUUUUUGGGGGGAAAAGGGGGCUAAGGCUCUGGAAAGACGAAACCUGUUGAAAUACGGUGUGAGGAAGGACCUGCCCCAUCUCCUUCCACCACCUUGGAGCUUCUCCAAGAAGAAUCCUUCUUCUUGCCAUUGGGUUUUCCACGGAGCCCUUUGGGAAGCGCCGUUGGAGGUUGGGGGAGGCUUCAUUGCGCCAUCAAAAAUGGCCACACAAAAAUUGACAAAACCACCCCCAUCAUGGCUUUUUUUUGGGGGGAAAAGGGGGCUGAGGCUCCGGAAAGACGAAACCUGUUGAGGUUGCGAGGAAGGACCUGCCCAUCUCCUUCCACCACCUUGGAGCUUCUCCAAGAAGAAUCCUCCUUCUUGCCGUUGGGUUAUCCAUGGAGCCCUUGGGGAAGUGCCGUUGGAGGUUGGGGGUUGGAGGUUGGGGGAGGCUUCGUUGCACCAUCAAAAACGGCCACACAAAAAUUGACAAAACCACCCCCAUCAUGACUUUUUUGGUGGGGGAAAUGGGGGCUGAUGCUCCGGAAAGGUAAAACCUGUUGAAAUAGGGUGUGAGGAAGGACCUGCCCAUCUCCUUCCACCACCUUGGAGCUUCUCCAAGAAGAAUCCUCCUUCUUGCCGUUGGGUUAUCCAUGGAGCCCUUGGGGAAGUGCCGUUGGAGGUUGGGGGUUGGAGGUUGGGGGAGGCUUCGUUGCACCAUCAAAAACGGCCACACAAAAAUUGACAAAACCACCCCAUCAUGGCUUUUUUUGGGGGGAAAAUGGGGACUGAAGCUCUGGAAAGAUGAAACCUGUUGAAAUAGGGUGCGAGGAAGGACCUGCCCCAUCUCCUUCCACCACCUUGGAGCUUCUACAAGAAGAAUCCUUCUUCUUGCCGUUGGGUUUUCCACGGAGCCCUUCAGGAGGUGCCGUUGGAGGUUGGGGGAGGCUUCGUUGCACCAUCAAAAACGGCCAC